AAGAGCAAAACGCGCUGGAUGUAUACUUUGGUACGACAUUUAUUGGUACCUAAUAUUUCAAAAAAGAAUAUUUUUCACUGCUUGAAUGAACCCAUCAAGUCAAGAAGUUUUCGCAUGAAAAUGUGGGGUUAUGCCAGAUGCAAAUAAUACCGAGCGUGUAGGGAAAAUUCACCGUCAAUGAGUGAAAUACGGGAAUGGUCGAGACGAUAUUUAAUCGUUCCAGUUUUAAUGAGACAUCGUUCGCGGUUAAUGGUCGGUGAAAGUGGAAAACCGUCGUCAAAUUCCGUAAGUCAAAGGAGAGGGUUUGUGCGGGAGUUCUGUCGUUUCUUUCGAAAACUUCGGUUGAGCAAGUGGUUUUGCAGAUUACUAAUACACCAACGUAUAUCGUCACGUCCCUUACAGUACAGCUGCAUGUCUCCCGCUGUCCUAUAUGAGUUUAUUGUGCUCGUGGUUUAUUGUGUGUGUGUUAUUACUUAACGACGCGAGUGCCCAGGAUUCCCGGACGUAUGAGCAUAUAUCACCUUCACCGGAGAAAAUUACCUAUGGAGCCUUGACUCCGAACGAAACCGAGCUACUGUUCGACUUAUAUCUAAGGGAUUAUGACAAACUGUACAGAAGUAACGAUUUUAGAAGGGAAAGGUUGGAUAUUUUCAGAGAAAAUUUGCUACGUUAUGAUAAGAUGAAUGAGGCGGAUAGGGGAACUGCUGUUUAUGGCAUCGAUCAGUUCUCUGAUUGGACAUUUGAAGAAUUUAAGCAAAGAAUAUCAGGGAUAAAAAAAGAACCAUUUGACGUAAGUGUGAACGAAAGCAUGGUAUACUAUGAUGAUCCAUCUCCUGGGGAUAAGAAGAUAAUUCCCGAAAACUUUGACUGGAGAGACGAAGGAGUAGUGGGCCGUAUUAAAGAACAGGGGUUUAUUUGCGGUUCUUGUUCUGCGUUUGCAACCGUGGCUACUCUUGAAAUACUUUACAGCAUUAAGCACCGUUCUAUCAAGUAUUUUUCAGAACAGCAGCUCCUCGAUUGUGACACGAGGUCACGUGGAUGCGGCGGAGGUUGGAGUCAUAACAUGAUCAAAUAUGUGCAAGAGGCCGGGGGGUUGGAAUCAGAUAAAACGUAUCCUUACAAGGGCGAAAAUGCAACAAGCGAGUGCCUUUUUGACAAAGAUAUGGCCAUUCUUAAGGUGCGGCGUCUCAUAAUGGUAGAACCCGACAGCAAUAUGAUGACUGCACAUGUCUGUAGAAACGGCCCCCUCGCCGUUAGUUUAAGUGCCGAAUCCCUGUAUGGCUACCGUGGAGGAGUCAUGCAUCCACCCAGUAGCGGCUGUUCCAAGGAUUUAGAGCAUGCGGACCAUGCAGCCACAAUUGUCGGUUAUGGAGUAUCGGGUGUGUAUUUAUCUACUCGUAAUUACAUCGGAUAUAGUGGCGCCAACAACAAAAGUAUGAAGUUAGAUCGGAGGAUGAUAGAAAUCGGAAAAGAAGUUUACCUUACUGGAUUGUUAAGAACAGCUGGGGUAAAAAUUAUGGGGGUCCUCGGGCGAGGGGCUAUUUCUACAUUUACAGAGGUGAUAACACUUGUGGAAUAGAGAACAAACCGACCGGAGCUGUUGUGGAGUAACAUCAAUGGGGCGGAUUCGGAAUAAUACAUCAACGAUGUAUGAGAGUAAUAAUUCGUAUGUUUUCUGGGCGUAAUAAUUAGAGUAUUCUGAAUAAAAUGAUAGCAUUGAUAGAGUA